CUGGUCCAAAGACUCUGAACGCAUGGUCACAUAUUUGAGGCGUUUUUCCUAAUAUUUCAUCAGAAAAUGAACAAUAAUUCAUGCAUGAUUGCGCUUUUGACAAUGAAAACGCCCCUGAACUUUGUACACAGGCGUUUCAUUUAGUGUCAACGAACCAAUGCAUCAGGACUGUCGAUUUUGUGUACAUGAUAAAAGACCCGUUCAUGGGCUCCAUAUUGUCACAUUCGCGAACUUUAUGCUGCCGUGAUCAUGGGGGUAUAAUAUAUUUUGCGGGACAUAUAUUUUCACGAUGCAUGUACAUACUUCUGGGAAUUAUUUGUCCACGUGUUAGCAUGAACAUGAUCAAAUCGUGUAGUGUCUCCUGUUUGACUCCUGUAGUUCUGUGUUUGUCGACAUUUUCCAGAGUCUUUGAACACUUUCCCUCACAUGCAUUGACUAUGUAUGGUGGAAGAAAUAAUUGGUGACAACAAUCUUCUGCGAGGAUUGAGGAAAGAAGGGUAUAUAUCUACACUGGACAUUAACAGCACAAACAAUGAGCCAAUCCUAGUUUUCUCACGCACUGGAUAAAGAAGACUACAUUUAUUAUCAUUCUCACACUGUUGCUCUACCAAUCCGGAUCAUGGAUAUCAGCUGUUCUUCUAAAAGCAUCCUUUGGCAGUCAGCCAUAUGCGUUGCAGUGCUAACCAUGCUGUAUGUAGUGGCGCUAUCCGAUGAGGAUGUGUGUACUGUGCCAGAGAGCAACUGUACAUGUUCUUCUCCAUUGACGUCACGACCCCCCAGACCUUCAUUUGCUGAUUGCUCUGUCGGGGAACUACCUGGGAACCUCACAUCGCUGAUUAAUGACACCUGCGAGACCAAUGCUAAUGUACCAUGUAAUACAGUGUGCAUGUUUAAGUGUGACGCAGGAUACACCAUCACUCACAAUAAAUCCAUCAUCUGUAAAAUAGGAAUGUUUACACCUGACAUUCCAUCGUGCAAUGAGACGGAUGAAUGUGCUUCUAACCCGUGUGUUAACAACGGUACAUGUGUAGAUCUCUUAAAUGACUAUAAUUGUAUCUGUGUACCUGGAUAUGAAGGCAAGAACUGCCAGAACGUGACCGUAUCAUCUACCGGUACUCCAGCUUCUAACACUCCAACGGCAUCGGUGUCUUCACCAUCAUCAACCCCCUCAUCGACAGAACCUGUGACCGUACCAUCUACCGGUACUCCAGCUUCUAACACUCCAACGGGAUUGAUGUCUUCACCAUCAUCAACCCCCUCAUCGACAGAACAUGGUAAAAGAUUAUUGAUCAGUCCUGAUAUCCACGGAGCCAUCGUUCCUUAA